AAACUCUGAAAUCCUCAGUCAGUUACUCAAAGAUGGCCUCCGCAUCAGAGGUGUUUCGGAGUGACACCACACUAGCAGUCUGUCGGCUUGUGGAAGAAACAAAGGGGCAUGAAAUGCUAAAGUACUUGGGACCUGGCUGCCUUGUACAUUUCUCUGAUACUUGCACCCCUAAAAUUCUCUCUUCCAAUUCUUCGGGGAAAACUUCGAUUUCAGAGCGUGCGUCGAGCUAUUUCUUAGUCGCAAGUGCCGAAGUCUUGAAAAAGAUCCAGCUCGAAGCCUUUGAGAACAAACCAAACCGCUCUGUGAAGAUCGUAGCCGAAUUUGUUCGGGCAAGAGACGGAAGAACUCUCGAACGUAAGACCCUGAGUCCUAUCAGAGAGGGUGAGCUGUGCCGAGCACUUGACGACAUCGUUGAAUCAGAUGGAAUGAUUUUCAUCGCGCUUUCCAAGUUGAAACGAAGUAUUUUUAGUAAAAGCAACUUGUUUAGUCGUGCUUUGGAAGUUGUCGAGGUACAAGGCGAAAAUUCAUCAGCACGGAUGGCAAACGACCUACAGUGUAUACUGUUCACGUUAGUGACUUCCGGGAAGAAGGCAUUCCGACUACAAGAUAAUCCUGUGUUUGGAACCAAGGUCUACGAUCUUUUGCAGUUUGACACAGUCCUAACCCGUGAAGACCCGUCGCGAUUUCCGAGGUACUUCUUACGAAAUGAAGAGAGAAAGCGCUUCCUCGCGGAAGAUGAAUUUCCCAAAGACGAGAUUGCUUUUGGAGCCAUCAUUCUCCAAGGUGUGAUGUUUGCCGGAGUGCUGAACUUUGAUAACAGUGACAACAGACAGCCUUCGCCCGUUUUUGUCGGGAACAGGUUAGAAACAGCAAUUCAGAGACAUAAUGAGAGAGAAAGUGAAAGGCUUGUUGGUGCAGUAGGUGGGAUUUAUCCACUUCUAGAUCCGAAGAGUGAGGAAAGACCAAAGGCAAAUGACAAGAUUGGCAAUUAUGAUUUCCCUCAGCCUGCAGCCUCACCUUCAGGCCUAGAUCAGUUUGUGGCAGGUUUUCAAUCAAAAAAUGAUGGCAACAAUGGUGCUGAGAAUUUGAGAACACUACCCUGUGCAAUUGACCUGGCUGAGUCAGGAGAAAAAAAAGAGAAUUCAGGAGAAAAUAGUACAGAUGAGAAGGCCAGUCCAAUUGAAAACUCGUGUCGAUCUGAAGAUUUGGGCAACAGUGUAGAUUGUCAAAGAAUUUUCUACGCGAUGAACUUGGAAAAUAAGCCCUUUGGAGAGUUCUCAGCUCCUGAACAAAGCCCUGAAACAGGUAUAGGUGGCUCAGAGGAAGAAGUCCAAGCAGAACCAACAGGACCAGCAGGUCAGCAAGGUCGAGUGGAAGAUGCUGAACAAGAAGAAAGGGUAGCACAAGGAAUCCAGGGAAACCAAGAAGUGUCCACUGUCCAGCAACUUAGAGAAAUAUCAGCAGCUGAGGAACCCCAGAGAGCAAUAGCACUCCAGAGAAACCAGAACGAAUCAGUACCUCAGGGAUUCCAGGUACCUCCAACAACCAUGGUACCUCAGGGACCUUUGGUAACUUUUGGAAUUCAGAGGAACCCACUGGAGGCUCCAUUAGCACCAGGAGGUCCACCAAAAGGUUCACAAUACCCAUUACUUCCUUCACCUGAGAGGUGCCUUGAGGCCCAAGGAGCAUCUAGUGACCUAAAAAGUCUUGAAAAUGGUGCUCUGUUCCAAAAUGGACAGAACCGUGAUGAAGGAAGGCCACCAAGCUUACAAAGUCCAAGGAAGGAAGAACAUCCUGAAGUAAAACACUCCAUCUCUGUGACAAACGGGUGUAAAAAGACUUACAAGUUAGAUGAUCCUCUUACAAGGACCUUAUUAGGUUGGCUGGAGCUUUUGGAGGCCCUUUGUAGAAGUUUGGACAAAGAAUAUAAAUAUGGCCAGUGCAAAUACUGGAAACAUCUUGCUGAACAUUUCCAUAUCUCAGAACAGGAGUACCAGAGGUUUGAAUAUCAACCUGUUCUCAGUCCUACAGAACUUAUGUUUGAAUAUUUACAAACUUCUGACCCUGAUGUCACAAUUGGUUGUCUCAAGGAUGGGCUGAGACAAAUCCAGAGGCUUGAUGUUAUCAAUGUACUCAUUCUACAUGAAAAAUGUGAUCCAGCAGCACUGAAUGAUGAAACAUUGGUUUCCAGUCUGUUUGACAGUGAUCCAGAUAUCAUCGGUGAAAUUGCCUACCUGUUAGAUAUUCAGAAAUCUGGUGUUAAAAAAUGGUCUGAUUUGGCCCCUAAGUUAAACAUACCAAGGAACAUUUUCAGGAAGUUUGAAAACUGCUAUGCUGGCAAUCCCACAGAGAAGAUGUUUGAGGUUGUAAAAGUUCAUUACCCCAAUUUAACCGUUGGUGAAUUGAUUGAUCACCUUAAGGCCUUAAAAAGGCGCGAUGUCAUCAAAGCCAUUGAAAAGAGCACCAGGGUCACAAAGAAAUCAGUGAUAAAAGAGUUGGUUGCAGAUGUUGACAUCAUGGAGGAAGUGUGUGACUUGCUCAAUCAGAAAACUCGCACCACCACAGUGUCUGGAUUGAAACAACUUGGAAAGCGACUCAAGAUUAAGACUGAAACUUUGGAUGACCUUUUACCCACUCAAGAAGAAAAUAAAAGUCCUACAGAGGCACUGAUUCGCCAUCUUGGAGGCUUUAAUCCAAAUUUGACCCUAUCCAAUCUUAUAUGGGCACUUCAUGAAAUAAGCCGACCCGAUGUCAUUGUAUUGUUAGAUGAAUACCUUCCAGCUGAAUGUGUUUCAAGGCUUUUGGUCUCAUCUUGCAACUGUCAGAUAUGCCAACAAGUGUUGCCAAGAGAAACAGGAGAAAGUUAGUGAUGGCUUGAUUCAAGUAUAUCAGUUGAAGCAGCUGGUUUUUUUUGGCUACUCCAGCUGGAUGGAGGCUGAUGAUGCUGAUUCUCAUGGAGUUGGAAUUGCAGAGGCUAUUAAUAUUAAGUUCCCUCAUCAAAAGCAAUGUGGAAUUGCAUUUAUUUAGUUUUUGUUUUGGCUUCACCCUCUGUGAUUGUUUAUAAAAUUUUGGUGCCACCUUUUACAUGUAAAUAAGUCAGAUGCAUAUCUGUCAACUAAAUCAGUUAGGAGUUUGUCACCCAUGUUUUCUCCUGCUUUAGACAGUUUGCUUGUUUUAAAUUUGAGUUCUCAUUGGAUCCAUAAGACAUUUUCCUUGCGCUGAUUCACAGUUCAGAAUGCUUUGGUUUUCGUUUUACAAAACUUGACUUGAAAAGUGCUCCAAAGGGAAAGUUAAUUUUCAAGAAUAUAUAAUUAAUGGUAGAGGCUCGAAAAAAGAAAAAAAAAAAAAGAAAAAAAACCAGUUUUUUAUCAGCACAGGUAAGAAAGGAACUAGCCUGUUCAGAGGCAAUUAGGCUCUCUUCUGUGGUGAAGAGUUGUACCCCAUGCAGCCCUUGGCCAGCCAAAAACCCUCUCAUUCUGUUCAUUGGCAUAAAGAGCUCUCACAACUACAAGAACAGUCAACUGAAGAUAGUUGGUGCUUGAGAUGGGAUUUCACUUUACCAGUUUAGAUAAGUGUUAUGUUGAAUUCAUAGACAUACAUGUGACUGGUGCAAUAAUUACAUAAGGCUAAAUUAAAAGCAAUUCAGUGCUACAUAUCUAGCUGUGAAAAGAUGAAUUAGGUUGAUUAUAUGGAUUAGUUUUGAAUUUAAUUUAUAGUAGCUAGACUGAGAUGAAUUUUAGUUCCAAGAAAAAAACACUAUAAUGAAGAUGUUGCACCUUUACGAUUAAAUUUUAAGCCAAAAAAAGUCCCUUUUUCAUCAUUCUUGUAUUCUUGUAUCCAUUAAUUUUACACAUUCUAUAAUCACAAAAUUUUGAAAUUAUUGUUGGGCAUAAGCCAGGGGGUGCUGAGGGGUUAUGCUUUACCAUAAGAGUUUAUUUUUCUUUUGAAUGCCAAAAAAAUUAAUUUUACAUACCUUGAACUGUAAUCUGAAUAAGAUUACAAAAAGGCCAGAAAAAUGAACUUUGAAAAAUGAACUCUAGCACCCAGAAAAAUGAACUCUAGCACCCUUAACAAAAGAGAACUUUGUCAAUGUAUAAAGCAAGCUAAGUAGUGUUACUUUUUUGAAUAUAUCAACAAAGUUGAAAUGGUGAAUUGGCCACCGUUACGAUUAUAAAAGCUGACGUUUCGAGCGUUAGCCCUUCGUCGCAGCGAAUAGAGGAAUUGUGGGUUGUGUGUGCUUUUAAAGGAGGGAAAUGCAGCUACGUUAUUGGUAGGAACAUGGCAACGAGAAAAACACGAAUAAAUAAGUGCAAUGAAAAGCGUUCGUUGAUACCUGUGGGAUU